AUGGCGGACACCGUUAUUCAGCCUGAGGUCGAGGCCAAUGCCGGUACCAUGGAGCUCAAGGAGAACACGAUCAUCGUAGUCUUGGGCGCGUCUGGUGAUUUGGCCAAGAAGAAGACUUUCCCUGCGCUCUUCGGCCUCUACCGCAACAACUUCCUCCCUAAGGACAUUCGCGUCGUCGGAUAUGCGCGCACAAAGAUGGACCACGACGAGUACCUCAAGCGCGUCAAGUCUUACAUCAAGACCCCCACACAGGACAUGGAGAAGCAGCUCGAGGAGUUCGUCGGCUUCUGCUCGUACGUCUCCGGCCAGUACGACAAGGACGAGUCCUUUGUUGAGCUCGAGAAGCACCUAGGCGAGCUCGAGAAGGGCCGCAAGGAGAACAACCGCAUCUUCUAUAUGGCGCUCCCUCCCAGCGUUUUCAUCACAGUUUCACAGCACCUGAAGCGCAACAACUACCCUAAGAACGGCAUCUCCCGCGUUAUUGUCGAGAAGCCAUUCGGAAAGGACCUCCAGAGCUCCCGCGAGCUCCAGAAGGCACUCGCGCCCGACUGGUCUGAGGACGAGCUUUUCCGUAUCGACCACUACCUUGGCAAGGAGAUGGUCAAGAACAUCCUGAUCCUCCGGUUCGGUAACGAGUUCUUCGGCGCAACCUGGAACCGCAACCACAUCGACAACGUUCAGAUCACAUUCAAGGAGCCAUUCGGCACAGAAGGCCGCGGUGGGUACUUUGACGAGUUCGGCAUCAUCCGCGAUGUUAUGCAGAACCACUUGCUCCAGGUUCUCACUCUCCUCGCCAUGGAGCGCCCCAUCUCCUUCUCCGCCGAAGACAUCCGUGACGAGAAGGUCCGUGUCCUGCGAGGCAUGACCGCGAUCGAGCCCAAGAACGUCAUCAUCGGACAGUACGGAAAGUCGCUCGAUGGACAAAAACCUGGUUACAAGGAGGACGACACAGUCCCCAAGGACUCGCGAUGCCCCACAUUUGCCUCGAUGGUCGCAUACAUCAAGAACGAGCGAUGGGACGGCGUGCCUUUCAUCCUGAAGGCAGGAAAGGCGCUCAACGAGCAGAAGACCGAAGUCCGCAUUCAGUUCAAGGAUGUCACCUCUGGCAUCUUCAAGGACAUUCCCCGUAACGAGCUGGUCAUUCGUGUCCAGCCCAACGAGUCCGUCUACAUUAAGAUGAACUCCAAGCUGCCCGGUCUCAGCAUGCAGACCGUUGUCACAGAGCUCGACCUGACAUACAGGCGGCGAUUCUCCGACCUCAAGAUCCCCGAGGCCUACGAGUCGCUUAUUCUCGAUGCGCUCAAGGGCGACCACAGCAACUUUGUCCGUGACGACGAGCUCGAUGCCAGCUGGAGGAUCUUCUCUCCUCUGCUGCACUACCUUGACGACAACAAGGAAAUCAUCCCCAUGGAGUACCCCUACGGAUCUCGCGGCCCCGCCGUUUUGGAUGACUUCACGUCGUCCUACGGCUACAAGUUCAGCGACGCCGCAGGCUACCAAUGGCCCAUGCAGGAGGAGGGUAAGCUGUAG